AUGGGAUACCUCAAGAUACCUGCGUCAGAGAUCCAAAACAUGGUGUCUGAGAUUACGAAAUACUCCACCCUGGAGCUCGAGGAGUUCAUCGACUUCAUGCGGCUGGCGAGAGACUACGAUCACCGACAGAUCCGGGCGAUCUUCCAGCAGUUCGACGCCGACGGGUCCGGGGAGUUGAGCGCUGAGGAGCUGGAAAUGGUCCUGAAAUCCCUGGGCAUCACUCCCUUCCGAUCCACCAUCUCCGGCGCAUUGAAUGUGGUGGAUGCGGAUGAGUCUGGAACUCUGGACUUCCCGGAGUUCGUGCAACUCCUGCUGAUCUAUCGCAAGACGGAGGGAUUUGCUGAGCCGGAGGUCCUGAAGCUGAACCGCAUCUUCCGCCGCUUCGCGGAGCCCAUGCCGGGAAGCACGGGGCGGUACAUUAUGCAAUAUGGCUUGUCCAGCCAGGCCCUCAUGGAGAUGUUCGGGAGCCAGGCAGCACAGCUGGCCGCUCGCUUGGACAGUGCGCUGCCCAGGCCCUCGUCAACACAAAGCGCAGAGGAUGGUGAAGCCAAGGCGAAGCGCAAGACCAAGCAAGUUGAGGGAAUGACCUUUCGCGAGUUCCUGAUUUGGGCCAGGCGGCUCCGAGAAGUGGAGGUGCAGUGGUACAAACAAGAGUUCGAGAAGGCUGACAUUGACGGCGGAGGUUUCUUAGAUGAGGACGAGAUCCGCCGCGUGCUGAAGAGCUUGGGCUACACUCCGCUAAGGGCAGUCAUCUUUGACUUGUUCGAAAUAGUCCAACCUCACAAGGGAAAUCUGAUGGACUUCGACGAAUUUGUGGAGAUGAUGGAGGUCUUCCGUGGUAGCAACGGCUUCAUGCGCCACGAGGUGAAGGAGUUUCAGGAGAGCUUCAACAUGUACGACACCGCCAAGUCCGGGGAGGUGGAUGUGAUCCAGGUGGGCGGCAUCCUUCGGUCACUGGGCUUCAGCUCCGAGUUGGCCCAGGUCCAGGUUCUGGUGAAGACAGUGGACUGGAACGGCAGCAACUCUUUGGACUUCAACGAGUUUCUGCGCCUCAUGCGCUUGCAUCGCGAGGAGGAGCUCCUAAGUGUGAGGCAAGUGUUUGACAAGCAUGCGGAGACCAAUGUCACCGAAGCAGGUGAGAUCAAGACCACCAUAGAGCCAAAGGAUGCCAAGGAAGUGCUGUUCCGGCUCGGAUACCCGGAGAGUGUGGCGAAAUCUACCUCAGAUUUGUUCUCGGGCCUGAUGCGGGCACCGCUGGACUACGAUGCCUUGGUGCUGCUGGUGGACUCCUGCAGGCGAAUGAAUAUGAACAAGAUGCGGAAGCAAGCGGGCUUCACUGAUGAUGCUGUGGCAAAGUUUUCCAAGCUCUUCCGAUCGCUGGAUGAUGAUGACAGUGGCGAGAUUGCUCAGAAUGAGCUUGUGAUCUUUUGCAGGGAUCGAGGCCUUCCAUUGGCUACAAAGAGAGAUCAGCAGCAGCUUCUCAGCUUCAUCAACGAUGCCCGCAGGAUGGCGCUGCAGAGUGGUGUCCCUCGCGCGGAGUGCGGGCCUGACAACUCUGCCGCAGUCACGCUUUGGGUCUUUAUCCAUUUGCAGCGAAUCCUGCAGACUCACCAGGACAAGCUGCGGGCGGAGGAGCUGCGGGGAUCCGGACCCAACAGCUUCUCGCAGCACGAGGUGGACGAGCUGUCCGCGUUGUUCUUGGCCGGCGUGCAGGCAGAGAAGGGCAAGAGUGGGGACCCCAAGGCUACCCUCAGCAUCAACGGUCUUUGGACCAUCCUAGCCCAGCUUGAUGUGACGCUGACGCCCAUCGAGCGGGAGGAGCUGGAUCUUCCUGGCUUCCUGCGGGUGGUCGGCUGGCUUGCGGCGGCCAAGCAGAGCAGCGCCGACUUGAGGAUUGCCUGCUGCCCUCCCUCUGACGUGGUGCCUCUGGAGGAUUUGCAGCUCACGUGUCCAAAGGAAUACCUGGACCGGCUCGGGGAGGACUGCUGUGGAGCACCCAGAGACCGCGCAGACUUUGUGUUCCGCGUGCUCAACGCGGUGGCGGCGUCCAAGCUCUCAGCCGACUCGGAGGAGCGUGCCUACGUCAUUGCCGGUAUCGAGAGGGUGCUGAUGGACUUCGACCACACCUUGGAGUCUGCCUGGCGCAUGCUGGCAAUCACCACAGCUGCUUCAGCGUGCAUGGAGGCGGAUUCCUUGAAGGACGACUUCAAGCGCGCCGCGGACACUUUGCAGCCCAUGGCCCAAAUUACCCGUGAGCUGCUGCCUCGUGCCAAGCAGACCAGUCGCCACCUUGCCAAAGCAGCAGUGCGGCUGGAGGCCUUCGCGGCAUAUCUCCUGGCGAAGCUGGCUGUGAACACCGGCCGGUCCUUCCCCGAAGUGGAUCCUGAGGAGGUGACGGACCACUUUGAUGAGGUCUUGAUGUCUUACUACAAGAUGACGGUCCGGGAGCACGACGAGCUCGCGUACAACACCAUCCCUCCUUUGCAGGAGGCGACCGUACAGCGAGUUGUCAAGGUGAAUGCGAGUGAUGUGAUCAACAUGGUUGUGCUCAACUUGGGUCAGUCUGCCAAGUUGGGCUUUACCACGCUUUGGAGCAUCUUGAGGCGCCGGUCGCAGCCCCUGCGGCUCUUCGUGGUGGGCGAUGCUGCUGGCCUGGAGGAUUGGCGCGCCCACCUGCGAGACUUGGAACGGGCAGGCAAGAUGAAGGAAGUGUCGUGGCUGACCUUUGAGUACCUGGACUUCACCAAAAGCCCCAGCUUUCGGCAGUUCAUCAGCCAAUAUCCUGCCGAGUGCGACGUGAACGAGAUUGGUCAAGCGCUACUUGCUCGCUUCAUUUGCCACGAGCUGCUGCCGGACGAGGUCCACCGCGUCAUAGCCAUGGACCUUGCAGAUAUUUUGGUCCUGGACGACCUCGCGGACCUGUGGUCCCAGUUCGAGACCUUCGCUCCGCACCAUAUUUUCGCCGCAGCGCACAUCACGGCGUUGAGUCAUGUCAACGGUGGCCUUGCACUGUACGACCUGUCGAGGAUGCGCGCAGCGAACUGGACAGCUGUGGCACUCAAAGCCGCCCAUGACGGCCUGGCGAGGAGCAAAGAUUGUAUUCAUGAUCAGUCCCUGAUGAACACGAUCCAUCUCCAUCGGUCCGCCGAUGAUGGUCCCAGUCCUAUGCAGACGCUACCCUGUCGAUGGAUGCUGGUACCCUCCACGGAGUGGGGUAUGUUCUGGAACAGCCCCGAGCUGGUGCUACCAGAGGUCCGCGAGCGUCGGCGCUACCCGGGCAUGGUGUCAGCCAGCCUCUUCGAGGUUUACUGCCCGGACCCCCUGGACUUGCUCAGCGGCUGGAGCUUCCUGCUGUCCACCAGCGACACCCGCAAGCGCUUGCGCACCGUGUCCAUCCUGAAGGGCACGCAGCGCCUGACGCACUGCUCCAGAGAUGGCACUGCCGGCUUCGUGAAUUCCAGGGAUGUGCCGCGGUCCAGGUGCUGCCAGUGUGGAGAGCCGGCUUCCCUGGUGCACAUCCCUGGGGACAUGAAGCAGUGGUCCUACGUUGACAACCUAUUCCGUUACCACUCUCCCUUCACCAACUGGGAAGAGAAGGAGCUACAGACAUCGCUGACCAGAAAGCUGUGGCAGAAGGAGUCGCGCUUUGCCGAGCAGAGCCGUGAAGUGCAGAAGUCCGCUGGUCUGAUGGUGGCGACCUAUGGUGGAGAGGUUUGCUUCAAGCGCGAUGGCAAGAGCUGCUGCACAGCCCACGACGUGAAGAGGCCGAGCCCCAAGGUGUUGUACAAGACCUUGAACAUGAAGCCAAAAGCGCCGCCUUUCCGCCUGGAGGUGGAGACAACGGCGCUGACAGACGCCCACAUAUUGGUCGGUGCUGGCCCCUUGAACUCUUUGGAGAUCGUCUUGGGCGCGCAUGGUGGGAGCUGGUCGGCCGUUCGGUGGCUUGCCUCUGGGAGCGCUACUCCUCUGACCGCAUUUGAUGGCUCGCCGCAGAAGGAGACCUUCCGCCCUCCGAGGUCUUCGCGAAGGCCAGCAUCAAGCUGGAGGAGGAUGGCAGACUUGAAGUUCGCCAUGGAGUUUCAGAGUGGGGCUUCUAUGUGCCGGAGCAUUACUUGGCCGUUCUCAGGAAGAAUCCGGUGGGGAUCUAUGUUGGCGUACCAGGAGACGUGA